GUGUCUUCUUCGAUUGUGCCUGCUUUUACUGCUUUAUUUACUUUUUCUAAGGGUUCAUGCGGCAGGCCGUUCGCCACGUCGUCGCUUUCACUUGAGCCUGGGUGAAUAUUACCCCCAAAGCGGAAUCGCAGGUCUUUAGAGUGGAAGGGGCUCAUGCCUUGCUACUUCAACCUCGCCGAGUCGCCUUCUUCCACAACUUCUUCCUUCCAACUAGCAAACAACAUCGCGCAACACCACCGGGGCUGAAAGCAAACGAAUGAUAGUCCCAGCUGCAUCUCGAACAUUGAUUUGAGACCUGGAACGCCAUGGAGUCCCACGACAGCAAAUCGACGAUGCCUACGGAGGAAACCAAGCGCAUCGAAGGGUUCAGCAUUGCUGAGCUGCAAGCUGAAUUAGCUCGGCGUCGCCAGAUCGAGAACGCUCCUCUGUCGCAACUUGAGUCGUUGAAGCCUGCUGAGGAGAAGGAGAAGUGCUACUUCCUCAGAACGAUACCCCUCGAAGUUCGGAAUCAAAUAUACGGCUACCUCCUCACUUCGGAUAUCUUGGCCUCAAGCAAAUCGAUUUAUCGACGUCAUGUAACAACUGCGACGUUGGAUCCACUGUCGUAUGGAUUGUACCCGGAUAUUUUGUACACUGGCCGCCAGGCUUACGAAGAAGCGUCGGCAGUCCUAUACGGUGGGAAAAAUACGUUCAUUAUUGACUGUCAGAUUGAGCGUGUGGCAGCUUCUCCACUUUUCAGAUCAUCAUCCGCAAUAGGCACCAACAACUAUACCAGACUGCAUUAUCAACAUAUACCCCUGCUCGCGGCCAUCAAGAAGGUCAAAUCGUGGAAGCUUAUCAUCGGUACAGCUCGGGAGAUGUCCGAACUUCCUUCGACAACCUCGUUCGUCUACUUUUGUAGAGCAAUUUGCGAUGCGCGGCCAGCUCCAGCUUCUUUGCUAAUUGAGAUCAUCCCGAAACGACUCCGAUUCUCUUACAACUAUCUAGAAGAUUCCUCUCUUGAAGGAUAUUACCAUCCAGUCCAACAGGUUCUGGAGCCCCUGAAGAUGCUGCGUAAUAUCGCCAAGUUGAAAUUUGGCGUGGUCAUAGGUGACGAGCUGCCACUUUAUGAAGGCGCCGGAAUACCAAACGCAUCGAGCAUCGAUCAUAACUACCUCUGUCCUCUUUUGGAAGCCAAGUUCAAGUCGCUGGUUGAAGGAGAUUCAAAGGUGGCUCAUCUUUGGAAGAUGUACGGUAACCUGUUAGCCUACGCCCAAGCAUUCGAAAGAAGUCCCGUCUUUCAAGACGCCAUGAAAUCUGAUUAUGGCGAGGCAAGAAAGCGUCUUAACCCUAGUCACAGUCCUGCUCGGGAUCCAGACAGAGAGUAUCCAUGGAAGAAGAAAGGCUUAUUUAAGUACGGACAGGUAUUCCACACCGUGGAAGACAUGCUGGAGCAUGCGAGUUUUGCCAGCGAGACAGGCGACAAAAGGAGCUUCAAAGCUGCUAGACAGGCCGUCCUGGAGUAUCUGGAGCCACAAUACUUGCGCAUGCUUGCAGCUUCGGCUGCUGUGACGGAGUUCAUCAAGGCUGAGAAACGGCACGGCGGAUUAUUUCAAGCGGACCUCACGGCUGCCGACUGUGCUAUUCAUCGUUCGAAGGAGUUUGGAGAAGUAUUCAUCUUGCUGCAAGACUAUGCCGAAAGCCUGAAACGUGACUUGACUCGCGAGACUCGGAUCGAGAUUGCGAUACGUCGCCUUCAAUGGGAGAAAGCAUAUGCUGUGGACUGUCGAAAGCUUAUAUUAGAGGUGCUGGAUCAUUUGGUCCAGAGCAGGGUACCAGCGGACAAUCUGUGGUUCAUUCGCUCUUCCAAGCUCUGUGUAGAUGAACUUGAUCUGCAGUAUCUGAGCAUUCGCAAGGCUAGGAAGGCAGUCUUCGCAGACGACCCGGUUGGCAAAAUUCAACCGUUGGGCAAGAGUUUAGAUGAUUGGGCACAGCCUUGGAGAUCUGACCAGCACGUUAAUUGGACAGUCAACGAGCCCGAUUUGGAGCCUUGGGGUGGCCCAAUUAGGGACGCUAUGUCAGAGACAUCUUACGAAUCUGAUUGGAAAUCUGAUUCAAUUGACUUUUCGGACGAAGAUAUGAGUGGCGAUAACGAUAGCGAUGAUGAGUUCGGAGGCGAAUGAGAUGAGCAAAAAGGACUGGUGUUAGUUUUAGGAUUAACUGGAUUUAGUUGCAGAACGAUGUUUGAGAAAGCGAUGGACAUCCGAUCAAGUGUAUAGAGAAUUUGGUUGCGAGGCUCUCAGCUGUG